AUGGUUACUUCUGUUGGAUUGCGAUACGUAAUCGGAGGUGUCUUUGCAUUGACCUUGCUUGGAUAUAGAGAAGCAUUUUAUCUUUUGGGUGGAAUUGCCCUUCUAGUUGCGUUUCUCGGUUCCUUGUGCAUUGAGCCUGCUUCGGUAAACGCAGAAAGUCUGAAAGACCUAGACCAUAUUGGGGUUGCAUUAAUGCUUUCGGGAUCAUUGUUGCUGGUCACCGGUCUCACCGAGGGAGCCACCUCGUGA